AUGAGUGAAGCCCUCGAUUUGAGCGUGAAUGCGGCAGUAGCGUCGGUGGCAGCGACUGCAGCCACGGCGGCGCCGCCACCGCAAACUUCGUCCGUGGACCAGUCGGACUCCAACAACACCACAAACCUUCUAUCCUUCCCUUGCGGCGCAGAGUUCCUCCAGAAAUGCGCGGCGACUUUCAAUGUUCUACCUCACAGUCAAUCCCUUCCUCUUGCUAAUCCCCCACCCACCGCACUUCUGCAAACGCCGCCACCUCAGCCCCCAUCUAAUCUUCCCUUGGGCACCGGUCCAAUUCCCGCUUUUGUGCCUCUCAUGAUGCCCCCUCUGGCGACCAAUGGCCAGACCACAAAAGAUGGCGGUGCAAAUGCGAUUGAUCUCUCGGUCCAAGCAAUCCUCCAGACUUCUCACUGUCCCAUCUCCGAGGCAUUACUCACGUUAGGCGCAAACGCAUCCCAGGUGAAGACGCCUUUCAACCCCCAUUUGGUGCCCCGAAGUUCUGUGAAUGCAACACGCCAGAAAUGUGCGGCAUACUUGCCUACCCUAUUGGCGGUGGUUGUUGUUGAACCACCAAAUCCAGUGGCGCAAACACAAUGGCUAAGCUUGCGACAGCAAAAGAUGGGAUUUGAUGCUGUCACGCCGAGGAUGACCUACAUAAGUACCUCAGAUGUCCAAAUGCAUGCCAAUUACCACAGAAAAGACGCGGUGAUACUGCAAGAGGGCUUCCGAAGAUUCCGAGCUGCAGAAGAUUGUGGUAGCAGUGAUUGUCCCUUUGCUAGAGAGCACACAACUCACUUCCAUUGUCGACGUCCCGGAUGCAGCUUCACGUUUAAGAACAAAGCCGACAUGGAAAAGCACAAAAACCACCACUUAAAGAACGAUGCGAUCGCCAAGGAUGGUUUUCGAAAGUUUACAAAGUCUGAAAACUGCAAUUUCAUUGGUUGCAAGUAUUCAGGCCUAGUCAAUCACAUUCACUGCAUUCGACCAGGUUGCGAUUACAUUGUUCAUUCAACAAGCCAGAUUUCAUCGCACAAACGCAAGCAUGAACGGCGAGAAUCCAUAAACUUCCCUUGCCCAAUGGCAUCCCAAAAUCAACAGGUAUUACCUCUAAGCUGUGAAAGUAGCAACAGUGCCAACUCGAGUACUCCCAACAUCACAGCAAGCGCAAUCACAGCCGCAACAUCGGCCACAACCACUCCUAAGCCCUCACCUCCACAAUCCUUAUCACCGAUAUCGGAUCCACAAGAUCUCAGCUCAACUGCAAAACUUCUCCAACGAGCCUCAAGAAUCACUGAAUUUUGUUGGCAGAGGUUUCAGAAUCCCAUCGCCUCCACUCCACCUUCAGACAGCGAGGAUGCACAACUUGUGGAACAAGUGCUAAAAGUAGUUCUUCCAUCCCUCAAGCUCUUCAAAAAUGAUCCUUCCUGCAACAACGAGCAGUGCUCCCUCCAUGGAACAGGUAUUGAUCACUUCCACUGUUUUCGCACUGGAUGUAUGGACACGGUCGAGAUGGAUCCAGAUGAUAGAAUUACUGCACCUGAGGAGACUGCAACCAUUUCCAGUGGAGAUAUGGACUCUUGGCGCGAGCACUGGUUCAUACACGCUUGGCAAUCCGCUCUCAGCAUUAUCGGCUUCACUCGCUGCAGUGGUGAAACUUGUAAAUCCAGUGAAAGUGAAUCAAAGUCACAUUUGCACUGCUAUUUUUGGCCGAUGUGUGAUUAUACUGUAGACAUUGGUGCUGCAUCUCCUCCAAGACUAAUGCGACAUCUGACAAGGCAUAACCAACACUUCGGGACAAUGAUGUAUCAGGUGAAAGAACAACCCACCUCUUUACCCUCGGAGAUGGGUGGUGCGGCACAGAGAAAGCGUGGACGUCCUCCGAAGCACUCCCGGGACAUUCAUAUUCCUCGAUUGGAUAUCUCACCGGAGAGAUGUGUAGACGAUCAUCCCAAUGCCAUUCUUACAAUGGACGAUUUUUUAGCCAAAACGGAUAUGAUUGUCGGGGGUCUCAAGUUCUUUCCUGCUGAGGGUCCGUCCUGCGUGGAUCGUUGCUGUCCCUUUUACAUCACAAAACAGAGUCACUUCCAUUGCAUACGACCUCGCUGUCACCUAGCUACAAGCAAUUUGGCAGUUGCUAAUUCACAUCGACGAGAGUUCCACGCCUAUAUAAUGAUUGAACCGGGAUACGAGUACUUCGAUAGGUCUAUCGACUGUCGACGUCCAGCAUGCUACGCAAAAAGAGACACCGCACAUUAUCAUUGCCUUCGGCCACGAUGUGGAUACUCAUUUGUUCGAGUGAGUAAGAUGAGACAGCACACCGAAUUCCAUGAAGGCGGUGGUAAUGCAGCAAGUGGCACCGGUGGUAGCGUGGUUGGAGGUGUGGACAAAGGCGAGGACUUGGUUGAUCCCUAUUUUUAUCGAACAACGCCAAUUUUGCCACCUCUAGGGUUGGAAAAAGGUGGUGCAAUGGGUGAUUUUAUGCCCUUUCUGAUGCGAAUUCUGGCAGAACAGGUUAUCCCAAUGAAUAAACCAGAUGUGACGGGAAACCUUUUGCCGGAGACGGCAGAAUCAAAUUCAACUGAAAGUGAAGAGAAGAUGGAUUGGAGCGAAACUGUGGAUAAGGAUGAAGCAGUAGCAGCGGCAGCAGCAGCAGCAGCAACAGCAGAUGUGUCGGCAACAGUACCGACCACCACUGCAAUCGAAAUUGAGAAGGAGGCUCAAAAUGCGCAAAACUUGGACACAAGUGAGACUGCGGCAGCAAUCAAUGAGGAAACAACGACGUACACCGAACGCCGUGGUUUGGCUGCAACACGGGCGCUUCCACAUCCUCGUAUCCGUUUUAGACGCAACCCAGACUAA